AUGGAUGAUCUGGAAAACCUCGAGCUUCUGUCCCUUGUAUCCAAGGUGACAUCGGAGCUCAAGAAUCAUAUGGGCGUUGAUGACAAGGACCUUGCCGACUACAUCAUAGCCAACCGCCUGGAAUGCGACAGCUUUGAGGCCUUCAAGAAAUGGAUGGACAGCGAGUGCGAGUUUCCACCCAGUCUGAUCGAGAGUAUUGACAGGCUGGUUCGUUCAAUGCACCCGAAGCUUAGAAACAGCAGCCAAAACGCAGAUUCAUCAGGGCCGACAACAACAGGGCGAACGCAAGAGCAGAAGAACGAGCUCUUCAAGGGUCUCGCAGUUGCCGAUACCCAGCCUGCCCUUGGCGGCGAAGGCCCCGAUGCGAUCGAUGAUACCCUUGCGUUACUUGAAGGCCUAGCUCCUAAAGGGAAACCGGAAAAGAAGGAUCCCUCGAGAGGGUCUAAUGGUCACGACGACUACAGGAAGGAGGACCGAAAUGGAGAAAGGACGUCGUAUCGGAAACGGUCUCGAAGUCCAGAAGCCGGUUACGGGGACUCGCGCCACAGAAGGAAAGAGCAAUACAGAUCAAGAUCAAGGUCUAGGUCAAGAGGAAAGGAUCAAUACGGCCGCCGCAGUCGGCGGGACAAGUACGACGACUACAAUGACGGCUACGACCAGAAGUCCGCGAGGCAGGAUCUGGAUGAUGUACCCGUGCUGCAAAAAAUAUAUGAUGGACACGUCACAGGAGUGAAGGACUUUGGUGCUUUUGUCAACAUACACGGUGUCAAGGGCAAGGUUGAUGGCUUAGUUCAUGUCUCGGCCCUCACAGAGGGGCAAAGGGUCAGCCAUCCGUCGGAUUUUGUCGGCAAAGGCCAGCCUGUGAAGGUCAAGGUCAUCAAGAUCGAAGGCUCGCGGAUCGGCUUGUCCAUGAAAGAGGUUGAUCAACAAACGGGUGAGGAUUUGGCGCCAGAAGUAGCAUUCCAUUCCGGUGCAAAUUCCAUGGCUCUUGGUUCGAGGCACAAUCUCAGCAAUGGAUUGCUAGAAGACAAGGCGCCAGAUCUCAGUGCCAUCAAGAACACACUGCCCGGAAGGAAGCACAAGAAGCGUAUGACCUCACCUGAACGCUGGGAAAUUCGACAGAUGAUUGCCUCCGGUGUUGCCAAGGCCUCUGAUUACCCAGAACUGGAAGAGGACUACAACAAUGCGCUUUCAGGUGAGGGUCAGAUGGAGCUGGAAGAGGAUGUGGAUAUUGAGAUUCGAGACGAAGAGCCUCCCUUCUUGGCUGGACAGACUAAGCAGUCCCUAGAGCUGUCGCCCAUCAGGGUAGUCAAGGCACCCGAUGGGUCUCUUAACCGUGCUGCCAUGGCAGGCACCUCGUUGGUCAAGGAACGCAAGGAAAUUCGACAACAAGAGGCUGAGGCUGCUGCUCAGGCCGCAGCCACCAACGGCAAGGUUGACUUGGCCUCUCAAUGGGAAGAUCCCAUGGCAGACCCUGAAAAGCGCAAGUUUGCGGCCGACAUGCGACGUACCAUGCAGAACCGUCCCAGUGAAGCCGUUCCAGAAUGGAGGCAAGCAAUUGCACCCAAGAACCAGUCUUUCGGCAAGCGCACCAACAUGACCAUAAAGCAGCAGAGAGAGUCACUUCCCGUCUUUGCUUUCCGUGAGCAGUUGAUCAAGGCCGUCAGAGAAAACCAGAUCAUGAUCGUUGUAGGUGAAACCGGAUCUGGAAAAACGACGCAGUUGACCCAGUAUCUAGCAGAGGCCGGCUUUGCAAACGAGGGAGUCAUCGGGUGUACGCAACCUCGUCGUGUGGCAGCCAUGUCAGUCGCGAAGCGCGUUUCUGAAGAAGUCGGCUGCGAACUUGGGCAGGAGGUCGGCUACACCAUUCGUUUCGAGGACUGCACCAGCCCUGCCACGAGAAUCAAAUACAUGACGGACGGUAUGCUUCAGCGUGAGAUUGUUAUCGAUCCUGAUAUGAAGCGAUAUUCCGUCAUCAUGCUGGACGAAGCUCACGAGCGCACCAUUGCCACGGAUGUUCUCUUUGCUCUCCUGAAAAAGGCUGCAAGGCGAAGGCCUGAUCUCAAGAUUAUUGUCACAUCAGCUACGCUCGAUGCCGACAAGUUUUCGGCAUAUUUUAACGAAUGCCCUAUUUUCACGAUCCCAGGUCGAACUUUCCCUGUCGAAAUUCUUUACUCAAAAGACCCAGAGUCGGAUUAUCUGGAUGCUGCGUUGACAACAGUUAUGCAGAUUCACAUUGAUGAACCACCUGGAGACAUUCUGCUCUUCCUUACGGGCCAGGAAGAAAUUGAUACCAGCUGCGAGAUCCUUUUUGAACGGAUGAAAGCGCUGGGGCCUUCCGUCCCUGAACUAAUUAUUCUACCUGUAUAUUCUGCGUUGCCCAACGAGAUGCAAAGUCGAAUUUUCGAUCCUGCACCACCUGGCAGCAGAAAGGUCGUCAUUGCAACCAACAUCGCCGAGACAUCUAUCACCAUCGACCAUAUUUACUACGUCGUUGACCCCGGCUUCGUCAAGCAGAACGCCUAUGAUCCCAAGCUCGGCAUGGAUUCGCUUGUGGUUACCCCUAUUUCUCAGGCUCAAGCAAACCAACGUGCCGGGCGUGCCGGACGUACCGGGCCCGGCAAAUGCUUCCGUCUCUAUACCGAAGCCGCUUUUCAGACAGAAAUGUUACCGACUUCAAUUCCUGAAAUCCAACGGCAAAACUUGUCCAACACCAUUUUGCUUCUCAAGGCCAUGGGCAUUAACGACCUUUUGCACUUUGACUUCAUGGACCCUCCACCCAUCAACACAAUGUUGACAGCUUUGGAAGAGCUAUAUGCCCUUUCUGCCCUCGACGAUGAAGGGCUUCUCACUCGACUCGGCCGCAAAAUGGCAGACUUUCCCAUGGAGCCAUCGCUAGCCAAGGUCUUGAUUGCAUCGGUAGAAAUGCGUUGCUCAGACGAGAUGCUCAGCAUUGUCGCCAUGCUCAACUUGCCCAAUGUGUUCUACAGACCGAAAGAGAAGCAGACGCAGGCGGACGCCAAAAAGGCAAAGUUCCACGAUCCCAACGGUGACCACCUGACCCUGCUUAACGUCUAUAACGCCUGGAAGCAAAGUCGAUACAGCAAACCUUGGUGUGCCGAGAACUUCAUUCAGUUCCGAGCAUUGACGAGGGCGCGUGACGUGCGUAAUCAAAUCGAAAGAAUCAUGCAGCGCUUCAAGUACCAAGUGAUGUCGUGCGGGGCCGACACGAACCGUGUCCGACAGGCGUUGUGCUCGGGUUUCUUCCGCAAUGCAGCACGGAAGGAUCAACAGGAAGGUUACCGGACGCUGAUUGAGGGUACGCCGGUGUACCUGCACCCGUCUUCGGCGCUCUUUGGGAAGCACGCUGAGUGGGUCAUCUACCACACGCUGGUGCUGACGACGAAGGAGUACAUGCAUUGCACAACGAGCAUCGAGCCCAAAUGGCUGGUCGACGCGGCCCCCACCUUCUUCAAGGUCAGCGCCUCCGACAAGCUUAGCAAGAGGAGACAACAAGAGAGGAUCCAGCCGCUGUACAACAAGUUCGAGGGCGAGAACGACUGGCGGCUCAGCGCGCAGAGGAGGGCAGGAAGGGGUGGUGGUGGUGGUGGCACCUGGGGUUAA